AUAUGCUACUCUGUGUAUACACAAGCUGCUGCACAUUCACAAAAGACACAGGACCAGAGCAGAGCCAGUCUGUGCUGUCUGAAGUUGAAAAUGAACCACUCCAUAUUCACAGCUGUGCUGUUGGGAGCAGUCUAUGUCCUUGCCAAAGUUGAGGCUCAUAUAAAUAUCGCUGUUAGAGCCUGCCAGACCAAUGACACUGCUCCAGAGGAUGAGGUGCAGUUGGAUGGAGAUGAGAUGUUUUAUGUCGACUUUAAAAACAAAGAGGUCAUUCUUAGCCUGCCUGACUUUGCUGAUAAGUUUACCGAAAGCUGGUAUGAAUCCGCACAGGCGAAUCAUGCUAUCUGCCUUAAUAACUUGGAUGUGUCCGUCAAAUCUGAAAAUGACCCACCUGAGGCAAUAGAUCCUCCUGAGAGCACAGUCUAUGCAAUGGAAGAACUCGAGCUGGGGAAGAAAAACAUCCUGAUAUGCUUUGUGAACAAUUUCUAUCCCGCUCCUGUCAAAGUGAAGUGGACCAAGAAUAAUGCUGAAGUGAAGGAUGGAGUGACUCUAAGCCGCUACUAUCCCAACCCUGAUUUUACCUUUCAACAGUUCUCCACUCUGAGCAUCACUCCUGAGGAGGGGGAUGUCUACUCCUGCACCGUGGAGCACAAGGGGCUUCAAUAUCCCCUAACCAAGAUCUGGGAGCCUGAAGCCAACACUGAAUCAGACAUGGGAGCAACAGUGUUCUGUGGAAUCGGACUGACCCUGGGUCUGCUGGGAGUGGGAGUUGGAACUUUUUUCCUCAUAAAAGGAAAUAACUGCAACUGAAAGAGGUCUUCAUGAGGACUCAAGGCCAAGGCAUGAAGAAGACUUAGCUAUUACUCAUGAUCAGGGUAUUAAAAUAAAUUUCCUUUAUGUUGUAAAUACAGAUUUCAAUAUUAAUUGCGAUUUAGAAAUACAACCAGUACACUGAAUAAUUCAGAAA